CAAGGCAAGCGAAAUUUGUCGAAGCUAACCCCAGACAUAUAUUUUUGAGGCAUUCAGACGCGCCAACGUUUGCGAAUACGCGCGCAUAAUUCAACGUCAAACAACGGUAAAGGAGCAUCAACUGUAUACGAAAUACACAUAGACUUCACAAAUCUGAACAAAAAUGGAUGACUCACGCGAGGAAAGCCAAUUUAUUGUGGAUGAUGUGAGCAAAACAAUUAAAGAGGCUAUCGAAUCAACUAUCGGUGGCAACGCAUACCAGCACGAUAAAGUAAACAACUGGACCGGCCAGGUGGUCGAAAAUUGCCUCACUGUGCUCACCAAAGAGCAGAAGCCCUACAAAUACAUUGUCACAGCCAUGAUCAUGCAAAAGAACGGCGCCGGACUGCACACGGCCAGCUCCUGCUACUGGAAUAACGACACCGACGGCAGCUGCACCGUCCGCUGGGAAAAUAAGACCAUGUACUGCAUCGUCUCGGUCUUUGGGCUGGCCGUUUAGGCCGACGCACAUCGAUCAUGAUCCAAGACACACAAAUCACUAACAACUAAGGGGGAGGGAUUAACAAGAUUGCCUUGCAUUUGUUUUGCGUCUGAAACAGAAUUCAAAUCGAUAUACUCAACAAAAACAACAAAAAA